UCAUGUGAUAGCGAAGAAGUGGCACAUUAAUGAAGCGGCUCUACGGGGGUCUUUUCUCCUGUCACCACAUUAAACUAUCACACGGUUCGGGGAAGGACAUGGAAAUAGCAGCUACUUAGCUCUGCUCAUCACAACAAGGGCCACAACAUAUCGGGAACCAUUCAGAGAGUCGUGGUGUGUGUUGGGGGGGAAGGAAAAGCUUAUUGCUGCUUGCUUAACUAAAGAUAGCGUAUCAUAUAGGCCAUCUGAGGGAGAGACUGUUUUCAUAGGACGGCUGUUUUUCAAGACCCACAGCCCAUAAGCGCUGAGUGAACAGUCCACGGAGGAAACAGACAGUGAGUUACGUUGCUGUAUUUCAUGCAUCUUGGCGAACUUUCAGUAACUUUUAAGCGCGGGGAUAUUGCUUUUAUUUUUUACUGUGCGUCAUAAAGACAAUCUAUGCGGCGAAUGUAUGGAGUUUUACGCGUUCGUAAUGUUGUUUUGAACGACCCGUCCUAGAGUGAUACCUCUUUCAAGGAGUGUUGAACAAAGUUCGAUUUCCCCUGUUUGUCUGAGAAAAACUGGAAGAACUGUAGUCUGCAAAGCCUUUCGGGAAAGUAUUUUGACAGAAAGUCCAACAGAAUGCCUCGUCCGGGGAGAAACACGUACAGCGACCAGAAACCUCCCUAUUCCUACAUCUCCCUGACCGCCAUGGCGAUCCAGUCGUGCCCGGAGAAGAUGCUCCCGCUCAGCGAGAUCUACAAGUUCAUCAUGGACAGAUUCCCCUACUACAGAGAGAACACCCAGCGGUGGCAGAACUCCUUACGGCACAACCUCUCUUUCAACGACUGUUUUAUUAAAAUCCCCAGGCGGCCGGACCAGCCGGGUAAAGGGAGUUUCUGGGCUCUCCAUCCCAGCUGCGGGGACAUGUUCGAAAACGGAAGUUUCUUGCGUCGUCGUAAACGCUUCAAGUUGAUGAUGAUGGCGUCCGAGCACCUGGCGCAGAGCAAGCCGUCGGACGCUGCCCACUAUCUCCAACAGCAAGCCAAACUCCGACUGAGCGCCCUGGCUGCUUCUGGCACACAUCUCCCGCAAAUGUCCGGUUACAACAUAGGAGUCUCUCACCAACCGUCAACUUUCAAACACCCGUUCGCAAUCGAGAACAUAAUCGCCAGAGAGUAUAAAAUGCCAGGCGGGCUGGCCUUCUCCACCAUGCAGUCUAUGUCUGCUGGUUACCCGCUACACAACCAGCUCACCACGGCCUGGCCUCAUAUGUACAGCUCCAGCGUCAUGGACACGGUAUCUCCCAUCUCCAUGGCCAGUGAUUAUUCGGCCUACGGAAUGCCCCUCAAGUCUAUUUGCUAUGGCGCGCAGAGUCUACCUGCCAUCCCCGUGCCAAUCAAGCCCACCCCUACUUCGAUGCCAGGGCUCUCGGCGCUGCCAACACAUAUUCCAGCUUUCUUAGCGAACUCUCCCCAGUCUCUCAGCCCCACGUCUCCUCAGACAGCUACCAGCCAAAGCAGCCCUGCCACGCCGAGCGAAACGCUCAUGAACCCGGCCUCUUCGGCCAUGCAGUCCGUGGUGUCGGUGCACUGACAUGACGUUAGCGGAUGUGACUUUAUUAUAAACUUCUGAGGAAGAAAAGAGAUGCUUACCAACUUUUCCAAAGCGGUAUUUUAUUGUUUGAUCAAUUCAUGACAACCAACUAAAAUAUGCUCUACAAUCAUGAGGCAAGAUAUUUGCGUUUUUGUGGUUUAUCGAUGUACUUAGAUGUUUUUACUUGAGAAUUGUUGUGGCAGUGACCCUUGUCUUUCUAUGACACGCAUAUAGGCUACAUCGUUUUGUUACCUUUUUAGGGUCAUUUAAGAAUAAUCCAAUUCUGAGAUUAUCUUCAAAAGCACUGUCGUUAUCCGUAUCUAUAUUCUUGCUUACAUUUUAUUGCAAAGUCUCCAAUAAAUAUUUCAAUUCAUCUAAAAAUGGUAAAACAAAUCCCAUUCGUUAUUACAUUAGAGAAUGUUGUCAGAAUAUUCCUCUUUUUUGUUGCAUUUUCGUCAAGAUAAAAAGGCCAAGAAAAAUAAAUAAAUGAAAUCAACUUUUUGUAAAUUAAAUUUAACGUGACUUUUUUAGUUACUGCUCCCUUUAAUGCGCAUUGCAUUUGCUAUACCAAACAGCCAAAUCUAGUUUUUAGGAGAAUAAUAAAAUUUAAAAAAAUGAACAAUCACAGAGGUGACAUUUUCAAAUAACAAAACUUGAAAACAGAUAUUUAUGGUUUACUUUGGUGUCUGGUUGUCUGCAUUGAAAACAUUCAAAAAAUAUUUUGAAUUGAUGGAAGAAUAUGUUGAAAUGUGUAAACUGCACUUUUUUGUUGUUAAAUGUUUUAGAUGAUCUGUAGUUAACAGAUCCUAUCUGUAGUUAACAGAUCCUAUCUGUAGUUAACAGAUCCUAUCUGUAGUUAACAGAUCCUAUCUGUAGUUAACAGAUCCUAUCUGUAGUUAACAGAUCCUAUCUGUAGUUAACAGAUCCUAUCUGUAGUUGUUCUGUGGAUCCUUUUAAUUUAAAACAAACAAAAAAAUAAACUGUGGUGACCGGAUGUAUAAAAAAAUGCAGUAUAUUUGUACGUUCUCUAAGACGCAUGCUAUUUCCAAACGUUGUGUUGUAUUUGCUGCGAGCAUGCGUGCUUCUCCAAGUGUGCCAUGUGUCUGCAAUAAAUUAUUGGUCAUCAAGAAUAUUUUCCCAUUAAAAAAAAAACAGCGUAAACAUUA